AAUAAUAUAGAAAAACCAAAUUUACAAUACUGUUAGCUAAAUAUACCAAAAAUACAAGAUUUAGAAAAUUUAGAAAGAUGUCAGGGGCACAAGGUGCACAACCUAAGGAAUCUUUAACAGCAACAACGUAUGAAUCAAUAGUGAAAGAGGAGAAUAGGCCACGAAUGGAUAUUCAUUCUCGUGAAGAUGAAAAAGGGAUUCAAAUUGAUAAAAUUCAAGAUAAGGUAGAUGAUGCUGCUGGCAAAGGUGGUCCCGUUUUCGGGGCUGGUAAAGACGACCACAACAAGAAGGAUUUGGGAGUUACAGGCACCGGAGAGUGAAACUAUUUAUUACUAUAACUACUACUUUGUUUGUAAAUGGUUUUUUUCUUUAGGGUUCUUUGUUUCUAGUUUUCAAGAAUGUUAUGUAUACCAAGACUCUUAUUUAGUUUGU